UUCAGCCCCCGACCCCCAGUCUCAGCAGGAGAACAUGUUAGGAGGGCAACUGGAUGACUCCUGGCAUUAAUUUUCUUUAGAGAGACAGGAAGGUGAGGAAAAAAGUAGUCCGUUCUCGGCGUUUCUGCGGAGGGAUCUGUGCGGGGCGUCGGUCGCCGAUGACCUAUAUAAGGAAGCGCCGGGUGUGGCGCAGCGAGUUCCGUCUAGGCCGGGAGUGGAGCUGCUGUUCUGCCGUGUGAGCCGCUGCCGUCGCCCUUCGACAAUGCAGAUCUUUGUGAAGACCCUGACGGGCAAGACCAUCACCCUCGAGGUCGAGCCCAGCGACACCAUCGAGAAUGUCAAGGCAAAGAUCCAAGACAAGGAGGGCAUCCCUCCCGAUCAGCAGAGGCUGAUCUUUGCUGGGAAGCAGCUGGAAGAUGGGCGCACCCUGUCUGACUACAACAUCCAGAAGGAGUCCACCCUGCACCUGGUGCUCCGUCUCAGAGGUGGCAUGCAAUCCUGA